UCGUAAUGCUCUCCGUGAUCGAGAAAGUCUAUGGCCAGGUGGUGCAGUCCCUUAUGUCAUCGAUGGGUACUAUAAUAUUAAUCACAAGAAGCAAAUCCUAGCCGGUAUGCAACGUUUUCAUGAGAAGACCUGUAUACGUUUCGUCCCAAGGACCAUCGAAAGGGACUAUAUUUUCUUCACGCAAAACUUGGGUUGCUGGUCAAUGGUUGGACGAACCGGUGGUCGACAGAAGAUCUCGCUGUCGGGAACCUGUAGGGGGAGUCGUGGCGUCAUCAUGCACGAGCUCAUGCACGCCAUCGGGUUCAGACACGAACACAACCGACCGGACAGGGAUGGAUACAUCGAUGUGUACUGGCAGAAUAUCAAAGCAGGAUUCACCACCAACUUCCGCAAGUACAGCAACGACCAGGUGCAGACCCUUGGCACCGGCUAUGACUUCAUGUCUCUCAUGCACUACCCGCUGACAGCCUUCUCCAAUGACGGUAAAUCGGUCACCAUCGGGCCAAGGUACCCGACCUAUCAGAUCGGUGAUGUCGGCAAUCAGAACGACUUCAGUCACAUUGAUAUCUACAGGAUCAACCUGCUCUACAAAUGCGGACAAUGCGAGGAUUCGGACAAAUACUAUUGUCCGAUCUGGGCGAUGAUGGGUGAAUGUUCAGCCAACAAGGAAUGGAUGACCAAAUACUGUCCUUUCAGCUGCGACAGGUGCACCAUCGCUCUUCGCAAGGGUGACGGACUCGCCUGCAUUGACACCACAUCAAACUGCAAACGAUGGGCUAAGAUCGGUGAGUGUGAACGCAACCCGGCUUACAUGUUGCAGAACUGCCGUCGAAGCUGCAAGCAAUGCAAGGCUAUUGACACUGAGACAGGACAAGAAGAUGAGCUCGCGUGCCAAGACGACAACACGCUAUGCUACGAUUGGGCAACGCUGGGCGAAUGCCGAACCAACUCAAAGUUCAUGAAGGCACACUGUAGACGUAGCUGUCACGUGUGCACUGGCGGUGACGGUAGAAUCAUUAUCGAUACCGAUUCAGAUGAUUGUCAGGAUACGACAAUGGAUUGCGCCCUAUGGGCAGCACAGAACAUGUGCAAGGAUCGGCAAGAGUGGAUGUCCGAACGUUGCCGACGAACCUGUCUUUGGUGCAGCCACCGAAUCGUGACCGUCACCGACCAGCCCGAUGAAAGCCGAGUGGAUUCCGAGGGCGGGAUCAUCACCGACGAGACAACACGAGCGGGUGACGAGGUCAACCGAGUGGAUGACGAAAUGGGCGUCUUGGGUGACGAAAAUAGCCGAGUGGGUGGCGGAGAAACGAGAGGGAGGAAAGGAGAGAUUGGAGCCAGUGAGGGAGAAGAUUUUGGCGACAGGACAAACGAUGAAAAGAGUUCGGACUCGGAUGGAGGGAGUAAUGUCGAGGGAAACCCGAGGGUGGAAAGUCAAAUCCAUGCUGAAGGAGAACUCUACGGAGGCUCUGUAAAUUCCACAGGUUGGAUUAAACCUCAAGGCUGUGUUGACGAGCAUGAUACGUGUAGUUCAUGGGCUUCAGAAGGAGACUGUAUAAGUAAUCCUGAGUGGAUGGCUAUCAAAUGUCCUGUCAGUUGCGGACUAUGCGGGGAUACUGAUAUCGAACCAGCCUGUGUUGACCGGCAUCGGAACUGUUCAUACUGGGCGAUGAUCGGGGAGUGCGACGAGUACCCGGACUGGAUGCACGUCAAGUGUCCGCAGAGCUGCGGGCUGUGCGGACCGCAACCGACCGCAGAGGAGAUUGAGGCUUGUGCGGAUAAUCACCUGUUCUGCAAACAUUGGGCUAAAACCGGUAGCUGUGAUUCGGGCCAUGUCUGGCUGAGGGUACAUUGUAAGAAGAGCUGUGACUUCUGCUCACUACCAAAACUAAACCCAACAUGCAUGGAUUCCCAGCAGCGAUGCCGGGAGCUUGCCCUCAAAGGGGAGUGCCGGUCUAAUCGGGGCUGGAUGGCCUACCAGUGCCCUCACAGCUGCGAUACAUGCAAGAAACAGAACCGAUUUGAAGAAUGUCGGGACAAAACUCGGCGAUGUCAGCAGUACGCUGCUGACGGCCAGUGCCACACGAGACAGCUGUUCAUGGAAGACGUAUGUCCGUACAGCUGCGGGUUCUGUCGCGUCGGCAAAACUCUACGAAGCGGUCGCUACCGGACGUUCGACCCCGCGUUGCUCGGAGGCAUGCAAACGCAAACCGAACAGAACGGCGCCGGUGCGGGAAACGAACUACUACCGGCGUCGAAGCGACGACCGCAUCAGUCGUUGCGCUCGCGUCUACGACUCUCCAGUACUAGGGUCAACAGCAAUAACAACGUCAACACCAACGAAAACAGCAAUAACAACGUCAGCACCAACGCCAACAGCAAUACCAACGUCAGCACCAACGACAACAGCAAUAACAGCGUCAGCACCAACCAAAACCGCAGAGGGCGGUUCCUCACAUCGAGUGGACAAAAUAACUCACGCGAGUGCAGGGACCGCAACCCCCAGUGCCCGACCUGGGCCAAGACCACCCGAUGCCUCGUCAACCAGGGCUACAUGCAGGAGAACUGCCAACUCAGCUGCAAAUGGUGUCCACCUGUAGAAACCUGUGUUGACAUAGAUGCUGGAUGUGAGAAGUGGGCUCGAGGAGGACACUGCCUAACCAACGAGGAGGGACUCCGUGAUAAAUGUCAGAAGAGUUGCGGACACUGCGGAGAAGUGGAAGAAUGCCGAGACGUCCAUCGAAAGUGCCGUGAGUGGAAGAAGGGAGGUUGGUGUACUCGAAGCCCCCUAUUCAUGAGGAAGUUCUGUGCUCCGAGCUGCGGACUCUGUGACGAAAACAGACAAGGAAACCAGAACGUCACCGUGGUUCAACCCGUACCAGAGACUGCGCCAGUGAAGGGAAAGAAGACCAAACAGACGAAGCAGCCGAGACUCACAAAGCAACAAAAGCUUGAGCAGCAAGAGCAGGAGGCGGAGCAACAACGCGUGGAGCAACAGAUACGGGAGCGACAGCGGCAGGACGAUGGCUACAUCGCGCUGGGUCUGGAGGAAGUCCAGAGGCUGCUGCUCAACACCGACGGGGACCUGACCGCGAAACAGAUCAAAUCACUCAAGAGGGCACGGAAGGCGAUCAAGCAGAGGCAGCAACGGGAGAAAGAGCUCCGAGCUAUCCAGAAGAAGGCCAAACUGAACAACCUCAACCGCGAGACUGAACCUAUCAUAGAUCGACUUGACGAAGCAGCCGUUCGCGAAUGAUAAGCUGAUACCAUCUUUCUUUCUCUUCCUUCAUGACACGACUCAAAGAUUAAAAGUUAGAGAGACAAAUCAUGGUCGGAAUAUCGCCAUGAUGAUGACGAUGAUGAUGAUGAUGACGAUGAUGACGAUACCGAUAUGAUAGCCCAUGGCUCAUUUUUUUAAAGUAAAUGCAGUCGGUUUUGUGUAGAUUAUAUCGCCAGAGAAAGUUUGGUAUAAAAAUCGCAAGAUUAUUACGUAAUGGGUGGUGGAAUCGCAUUAUAUUUAGUGCUGGGAUGUUUGAGGUGUAUUUGUAAUCGUUCAGGUGUGUGUUUAGGUAGGAAGAUCAUACGAAUUUUAAGAAUAAAAUGAUUGAAAUUGGAAUGACAUAUUUUUUCCAUGUUAAAGCAUUAUAAUACAUUUUGGAGGAUUAAAAUGAAGUUCGUAAGGGUUAGAACUAUCUGAAAGAGCGUUUUGUUUCUUGAAUCUUUCAUAAAGAUUUCGCUGUAUGCUUCGAUGCUUCAUUUUCAGAAUCACGAUUACAUACUAAUAGUGAUGAAAGAGUUGCACAUCUGAUACGCAGUGACGAAGGGUCAAAUGUCAAAGGUUGCGGGUCAAACUGUCAAGAUGGAAUUCAAUUGGUACUAUUCCGUGCAAUUUCUGUU